UACCAUCCUGCUGCCAGUGCUGGAAAAGCUGGAACGCGGUGGUGCCAAAUGGUGGUGCAAGAGCAAGGGUCCAACGCAUCAAGUGGAGAUGCAGGCGGAAGACGGGCCUGAAAACCUGAGCAUCUACAAGCUCUCGAGGCUGAUCAAGCGGGAGCAGAACGACUUGUACAACAGCCUGCGAAGCAUCUAUGCGGAUUCUCUCUUUGUUUCAGAGAUCCGCAGGCUCUACCCCUCCUUGCCCCUCCUCGCCAACCUACGCUGCGGCAUCUGGUACUCCCCCCACUUCGACGGGAGCUGCUACUUCAAGUCCACAGAUGGCCACACCGGCAACUGGUCUUUCAGCUGCACGCGCCUCAACAUCCACGUGGCAGAGCUCGCUGCACGGCAUGGGGGGUGCAUAAUCGUGGACGCAACUCGGAGGGGAAAGAGGUAUCCGGAUAGCUUAUCAAAGACUGUCCCAAUAUGGUGCUGCGUUCUCAACCGAGCUCUUGAGGAGAUCAGGAGAGAGGAAGGGAGGGGAAGCGAAGCAAAGGCGGGUCCAAAGGGCUUAGCAGAAAGGGGUUUGAUUAGAGAAAGUGGAGAGAGUGAGGAACUGAGGAGAGAUACUGGGGGCCGGAGGAGGAGUUUGAGGGAAGAUGAAGGAGGGGUGCGAAGCCAAAAUGAUGAAAGUGGGGGCCAAAGCGAAGCAAAUGAAUCAGCGGCGGCUGGUUUCGUUGUCAGCCUGGGCGGGCCCGCGACUACUAAUACAGAUAGAGACAGGUGCCUUCAGUUUGGAAGUCAACAGGAUAAUUCACGGGGGAGGGGGCAGGAUCACAAGAAGCAACAAGAUGACGCCGGUGAAGACGUCAGCUUGGCUGUCCUUUCCGAUAAGAAUCUCGAGGGGAGUGAGCUGGAAGCAGGGUCGGAGGGUGGAAUCGCUUCUGGGGCAGUUGAAACGGAGACCGAAACGGGGGAAGAGGCAGAGAAGGUCGAGGACUGGAUGACGUUGCGCCUGCCACUGUGGCUGUCCCCAACCGAAAAGGCGGCGAUCGAGAGUCGGGUUGAGGGAUGGGUCGAAAUCUUGAAAACCUCCGGCGCCGACCUCCGCCCCCUCGCCGGCGCCCUGCGCAAGCCGCUGCGCCCGCUGUGGGUCUCGCAGCGCACAGUCAUCUGGCUCAACGAGGUCGCUGACGUCAGCACGCUGCCCUUCACGCCCGUCAUCUGCCUGUCGUCGUCAGACCCGGUGGCACUUCCUGGCCACGUGGCAGGGGGGGGCUCCGGUUGGAGCUAUGUUCCUGGGGCGGGGGACGACGAGGAAAGCUGGUCUCGAGGCCUCAGUCCGGCGGCAUUCUGGCGGAACGUCCACCACAUCCUCGACGCGGGGCCGUCCGGAUGCAAGGGUGCCGUGGCGCGCCUGGUCGAGGAAGAGCGCGUGCGUGUGGCGCUGCGCAGCACGGGAUUCGGGCCGGUGGCGGAAUCCGCGCGAGAGGGUCACCGAGCGGAACGGAAGCUGGACGGAACGGGUGGGGAGAGAGUGCCGGACGGCUCGCACGGAGAUCCGUACGGAGGGAACAGCAUAGGAAGGGAAGGCAGGGAAGGGACGAGAAGAGUUCCGGACCGGAAGAAUGGAGUGGCUGGAACGGAAGAAUCUACUGGCGAGGUGGAGAGGCUCUCCGAUGAGCCAGGUGGGCGCUCGACAGAGGCGUCGAGAAAUGAAAGGGCAGCGCCAUCGGUCCGAGGGGAGUCAGCGGAGGAUGAUGUCAGCACGGAAAGGGGCCCAUCGCAGAAUGCGGGGAGGACGGGAAGCGCCGCGGAGGCGGAGUCCGUACUCAGUCGUUCGGACGGGGUUCUGACCGAAUCAGUGGGUUCGUACGAGCUGAGUGCGGGUCACCGGUUCCCGCGUCCAUCCAGAGAUGAAGCACAUGCAGAUGACGAGAGGAGGGGUGGUGCCGUGGAAUGUUAUCCGUACGAUGACCGAGGAAUGCGUCAAUCGGACGGUAUCGGACGCGGGGAGCUUGGAGAGGCGGUCGAAGGAAGCUGCGGACGGCUGAGCUUCAUCGGAAGUACCGGGUUGGCAGUUGGAGGCGCCGCUUGCUGCGAAGAUCCGGAGGUGUGGCGAUUUGUUGACGCCAUCCUAGACUGCUCCCCGGCACCGCACCGUGGGUGCGCAGAAAGAAAGGGGCAGUACGUGCACCUGCCGAUUCAGGGGUCCAAGUUCGACCGCCGCUCCCUGGAGCGACACCUCCCGGACGCCGUACGCUUCUGCCGGACGCAAUUCGACGUCCAAAACAAAGUGAUCAUCGUUUGCAAGGACGGAUAUGACGUCAGCGUCUGCGUGUGCCUGGCUGUCCUCUUGUCGUGCUUCGACACGCGAGGCAACUACGCACGUGAUUGCGAACUCAGGCACGUGACAAAGUCUAUGGUCCGGCAAGGGCUUGCCUUCCUCUCGUCGUACUAUUCCGAUGCGCGGCCCUCGAGGGGCAACUUAAAGCAGGUUUUUCACUUCGUCAAUGAGAGCACUGAUCUGUAGAUCGACAGGAUAGGGGAGAGUCGGAGACUGUACAAACUUCAAUCGAGUUCGUACGUAACAUUGAUACCGUUGCUUUCAUAAAUAGCAGGUGUCAAGUAUCAAGU